CUGAGUUUCUGCAGCAGCGCGUGCACGUGAGUUAAAUGUGUUAAAUGUGGUCUUAUUAACCUGAGAGGUUUGUGUUUACAGAGCGGUGUGGUCUCUUUCAUCUUUUAACUAACUCUACUUCAAACGAACUGAACCACAGGACUGAGUCAUGGUGAAGAAGACUUGUAAGGUCCAGGUCCUGGUUCUGGAUGCAGACCAGCUCCAACAACUGAUGGCAUGCCUUGCUGUAGAAGAAGGACCUGAUGGAGUCCAGCAGCUAGCCCGGACCCUGCAGUCCUGUUUGGAGCUAAAGGACUCAGUUCAKCAGGUCCAGUUGUUUAAAAAGGCAGCGACCCAGCUGGAGGCCUUACCCCAGGAAAAGCCCGGUUCUGUUUUAGAUGCUUGUCUGAAGGCCCUGGUCCUGGUGUUCACCUCACUGCAGGCCAAGAACCCCCUGAGACGAGCCGUGUCCAGUACUUUGAGUUCAGUUCCUGAGUGGCUCCAGCAGCGGACCGUGGACUGUCUGUCCAGCUGUUUGUGGGACCUGAUGAGCUGCUGGUCUUCAGAGCAGAGUCCUCUCAUCGUUGACACCAUCUCUGCCUGUUUGGAUGGUUUUCCUCUGGGUGAGACUUGCAUCAGAAAACUGCUGUGUGAAGUUCUGCAGUUCCUCUACAAGGUUUUAAAAGACCACCUUCAGCAGAACAGGAGUCUUGCAGGUCGUCACAUUGCCCAAGCGCAGCUGAUGCACUCGUGCCUUGCUGCAGUGAAGACCUCCAUGUUGGUCCUUCAGAGGUCUCAAGACUUGCUAAGUGGAGUUCUGCAGGCUGACCAGGACCACAGGAAGCUGGAGGACACGUUGGUUAGUCUUCUGAGCUGCUACAUUCACAUCCUGACUGAUGAGGACUUUAUCCAGUCGGUUCAGAGCACAGCAGGUAUGGCUGUGGUUCUGCUGAUCCGAACCAUCCUGGUAUCUGGAGACCAGGUGGCUUCUGUGAUCUGCAGUUUGCUGCGGGGUUCAGUUCAGGGUUUGGACUCGGCUCCUGACUGGCUGAUCCAGGCCUGUGCUGGUCUGUGGUCCAGAGGACGCCCUCCAGGUGUCUCUCUGUAUCUGUGUCAUGGGGCUCUGGCCAUGUUGAACUGGAAAGGGGCACUGAUGGGUCCUCAGUGGGAAGAACUGGUUCUGCUKGUCCCAGAGACCCUGCUGGGCCUGGACGUCAGUGUCAAAGAGUCCAGUACUGCCAUGGUGGUGGCCCGGGGCCUGACCCUGUGGAGCGGCGCUGCUCUGGACUGUGUCCAGGCAGAGACGGUCCUCUGUCCCCCCAGCCUCCUGGUGUCCCUCAGAGCAGACUCUGAGCUGCAGAAACACCUGCUGGAGCACAUUUACUCCCACUGGGAGCAUCCUCUGGACGGUGUCCGCCAUCAGACCCGCUCAUUGUUCCGGAACCUGCUCCUCGUCCAUCGUUGCACCGCCCGGACCACCAGAGAGCCGGCCGAGGACCCCUACAUCAGAGAGCUCACCUCCAACCUGCUGAGCCUGGAGUGGCACCUGAGGGGCAAGUACGGUUCUUUGGGCUGCCUGGUGGAGCUGUACGGGGCCCGGUUCCUGCUGGASAUCCAGCCCCAGCUGCCUUCAGACCUCCUGAACCUGAUGGGGGACCAGACCCUGGCUCCGUAUGCCAGUGAGCUGCUGGAGAAGCUGUUCCUGAGCCACAAGGAGCAGCUGGAGGCCUCAGAGGACUCUUCAGAGGACUGGAUGGAGCGUUGGCACCAGACCUGGGUGACCCCGCUCCUCAGGGUGCUGUGCCUCACAAAGCUGGACCAGACCACCUACAUCCUGGACUACUUCCUGCCUAAGCUGCUGCGCUGCAGCCCGUCCAGUCUGGCUCACAUGGUGCAGGUCCUGCAGGAUCCUCCGCUCUGCAGAGCAGGUCCUGCAGGCAGUCGGGGUCCGCGGGGGGCCUUGAUCACGUGUCUGAGAGCAGCCCGGACCCAAGGCCUGAUGACUUCUACAGAACAGGGUCUGUGUGGAGGUCUGGUACCGGUCUCCCUGCUGCAGCAGGUCCUGGUCCACAAACAUGAUCAGGUCAGGAUGGACGCUCUGGGACUGCUGUGUGACAGUCCCCGCAGCACAGAGCUGCUGACCUCACAGGAACUGGACCUGAUCCGACACUUCCUGCCUCCAAACCUGAACAGCCAAUCAGCUGCGGUCCGGCAGCAGACGCUUGGUCUGAUGAAGAAGGUACUGUGCAGAGUCCGGGACAGCAGCCAGCUGCUGCGCAAGAGACAGAGCCGGGACCAGGACCAGGACCAGGACCAGGACCAGCAGACACUCCACAGAUACAGGGACUUUGUUGUCUGGAUCUGUGAGGAGCUGCUGGACGGACUGUCCCCCGGAGCGUCCUUCUCCAGGUGUCUCCUGACUCUGAGUCUACUCAACCUGCUGAGUCAGAUCUUCAGCUUCUCUACAGAGCCUGAUGUCUUCGCUCUGGGACAGGUGGUGUCUCCUGCUCGUGCUCAGAACGUCCUCAGCUGCGUCUCCAGUAACUUCCUGUUAGUCAAACAGCUGAGCUCGUCCCUGCUGCUGCAGCUUCCUGCACCUGCUGUGGGCCUCCAGGACAUGGACAGGAUGUACGGGGUCCUUCAGACCGCUCUGGACCUCAGCACCAGCACCAAACCUUUUGACAGCGUGACAGCGGCCCACCUCCUCCACCUGCUGCUCCAUCAGUCAGAACUGAUCCAGGUUCUGCUGCGCUGCGCUCAGGACCAAGGCCUGGACCUCCAGGUCUGGACCCCACCGGAUCAGGCCUCUGAGGCGCUUGUCUUGGAGCUCAACACUCUGGCAGUGGUCCGGUUCCUGCUGCUCUGUCUGCAGUCAGAGGUGUUGUGGGCGGAGUCAUCUCUUCUGCAGGCGGCGGCUUCCUUUCCUCUCUACGGCAGAACUCACUGCAUCACGGCGGUCCUACAGAGUCUGGACCCAGAGAGUCUGAGUCAGACCGAGCAGUGGAGAGUCUUGGUCUCAGACCUGAUCUGUGUCUGCUACAGGAUCUCUGCCGUGGUGUCUCCGGUGGUCCAGAGCACGUCUCCAGAGGGACUCAUCCCCAUGGACGCUGACUCAGACACGUCAUCAUGUCUGCAUAAGAUCCUGCAGGAGAUCCAGCCCCGGGACACCAACGACUUCUUCAGCAGUCCCAGAGAGCUGGACCCACACCGAGGAGGUGAUCCCAGUCCAGUCCAGACCACAGCCCCUCCAUCCAUCAGCACAGGUAGUGAGGCCUACAGAGUGACGGCUCAAAUGGUUCUGGUUUGUUGCUGGAGGAGCAUGAAGGAAGUGUCCAUGCUGCUGGCUCAUCUGGUCCAGAGCCUACCUGUGGUCCAAACCAGUACCAGACAGGCCGGUCUCAUCACAGAGGAACAGGCUCUGCUGUCAUCAGAACCCAAAUCCUCCAGCUGCAGUCUGUUGAAGAGGACCAUGAAGGAGCUGACUGCUCUGGCUCUGCCAGCUGCAGACCGAACCAGAACCAGCUGCACCGUGCCACAGGUCCACGCUCUGAACAUCCUCCGGGCUCUGUACAGAGACACCCGUUUGGGGGAGAACAUCGGUCCAUUUAUUGCAGACGGGAUGCAGGCUGCAGUUCUGGGGUUCACCUCUCCUGUCUGGGCUGUGA